AUGGCUACACGGAUGGAUAAUUUUCUAGGAGUACUUGAAGAGCACACAAAUUUUCAGAAGAAAGUCGGGAGCGAUGGCCAUGUGAGUCCAGAGAAUGAAGAUCAGAAAGACUUUGUUGAUGUUCUGCUUCGGAUUCAGAAGAAAAACGUGAUCGGUUUUCCUGUCGAAAGAGUUAGCAUCAAGGCUGUAAUCCAGGAUGUAUUCGCCGCUGGAACUGACACUGUGUAUAUAGCUUUAGAGUGGGCAAUGACAGAGCUGUUAAGGCACCCAACCGUCAUGAAGAAGGUGCAGAUUGAGGUGAGAGGGAUCAGUACCGGCAACGAAAGAGAAGUAACAGAGGAUAAUUUGGAUAAAAUGCAUUACUUGAAGGCAGUAAUCAAAGAGACAUUUCGGUUGCAUCCACCUGUUCCACUGCUAGUUCCUCGGGAAUCGACUCAAAGUGUCAAAUUACAGGGCUAUGACAUUGCAGCAGGAGCACAAGUAAUCGUCAAUGCUUGGGCAAUUGGAAGAGACCCAAAAUCAUGGGAUGAACCAGAGGAGUUUCACCCAGAGAGGUUCUUGACAACCUCAAUAGAUGUGAAAGGACAUGACUUUCAGCUAAUCCCAUUUGGUGCUGGAAGGAGAAUUUGCCCAGGCAUUCCUUUUGCCCUCACUAUUAUCGAGCUCGUUUUGGCAAAUCUGGUGCAAAAGUUUGAUUUGGCGUUGCCUAAUGAAGCAAGUGGACAUGAUUUGGAUAUGUCUGAAUCUAUUGGUGUAUCAAUUCAUAGAAAGUUUCCCCUUACAGCAGUUGCAACUCCAUAUAUAUUUUGAUUAGAAUAUAAUAUGCAUUAGCAAACGAAUAUGUUACGCAGGAGAGGAUAACGUCCUACUGAAGCUGCUCGUAGGAGUGUAGGUCAGCUAGGAGUCUAGAGAGUUCAGUUGGUGUUCUCAUCUCUAUCUAUUAGGUUCUUAUGUAACUAUGUUUAUCACUUGGUCUCUGUCAUUGUAAGGCUAUUUAAAGCCAAGUAGUCUCCGGAAUAAAGCAUGCAGCAUUUGAAUUAGUAAA